CAAACAGACAGAUAUACCCUUUCACAUGGCCGACAAACCCACCCCCACCAAGUCCGCGGUAGAGCCCCUCGCAAUCGCCACCGACACCCUCCAUAUUGACGCGCCACAUGCCACGCCCGUCCAGGCUUCUGGAAGGUCGGCGCACUACUUUCGGAACUGCUGCAUCGCAUUUGCCGCGGUUAUCGUGCUCAGCGUCGGGGGAACGAUGAUUUGGUACAUGUGCUCGGACCCUGUCGAAGCGUUUUCGGAGCCUCCUCCCGCUUACAACGCCAGUGCGUGCCAAGCCUGCUCUCAACUCGGCUACAUUGACAUGCGACCGUCCAAGUACCGCCGGUACAACGGGGUUGAAGACAUUUGCCCCAGCUCGUUGUUUCCUGGAGACAACGUGGAAUGGCUUCCGAUGAAACCGAUUUCAUCGUCGUGCUGUUGCCCCCUCACGGUCCCAAGUCGUGAAGCAUCCGACUACUACUACCGCAUCGACUAUCCCUAUACAUUUAACGCCACCACGUCCGACAAUUGUACUUGCAAGUACAAGUACAGCUCAAAGUCCGAUAUGGGGUCGACCCGAGGAUGGACUAUGGUUUUUGCUAUAUGCGGCAUUCUAAUUGUGAUCGUUGUGUGGUGGUGUAUGGUGGGCUGCCAUAUGAUGCUGUGUCGCAAGUAGGCUGCCAAGCUACAGCACAGUACCUAACAACCAAAUGUUUGAACCAC